AUGGAUAUCGAGUAUAUUUUUCUAGCCGAAUUUGAUAUUGAUAAAGGAUCAAUACUAAAAGUACAACAUCCAACAGUAUAUCCUUAUGAUUCGGAAUAUUCAAUCGCCAAUUUGAUGCUUCCCGAUGGAUCUCAUAACUGCGUGGAAGAUACAACUGUAUUUUUUCUCAGAAGCAAACACAACAACCCAUCUGAUGAUGCUGAUAAUGAAACAUUUUAUCAUGUACUGAAUGUUCAGAAGCAAAAGAAGUAUGAAGGGGUUAGAAGAGGAGCAAGAGUGAAAAGUUUGGCAAUCGCCUCCAAAAAACCAUAUUGCUUUUCUCUCAGAGAUUUAUUGAGUAAAGCUUUAGAUCAGAUUUUUGAUGCCUAUGAUCACACUAUGUACAGCAAAGAAAGAAGAAAGUCAGAUGAUAUGGAUCUUUCAGAGCUGGAUAUUCAAGAUGAUGCUAAACUUAUUGACAAUCUUGUCCAAACUCUUGUUGAGCAUAUAUUCGAAACUUGUAAUGGAGUCAAAAUUUCUAACCUUCCUAUAUAUUCAGACCAAGAACGCAUUUUCUGGAGAUAUGCAUUAGCAAAAUCAAAAUUUACCAAUUACAACCAUACAACUUCAUUUCAAUAUGGCAACAAAGUUGACCAUAUUACACUCUCCAUCCCUCUUUGUUUAUCAGAAAAUGAGAUUCAAUAUAGAAUCAAUGGAAUAACGCAAGUUAGUCUUUGUAGACUUGUUAGCACCUUUAAAGAGGAUACCAUGCUAAUCUAUAAUGCAAUUUUGUAUCAGAAACGGGUUAUAUUUUUCAGUUCUCAACAAUUAGCAGGUCAAGUUGUCAACACAGUUCUAUCCGCGGUUGCCAUGUUUCCUGAAAUGCAUAAUUUAUUGAAAACUCGAACGUUUCCAUAUGCCAGUUUUUCUAAUCUGGAGUUUUUAGAUGUAGAGGGAUACAUUGUAGGUGUUUGUAAUCCAAUGUUUGCCUACAGAGAAGAAUAUUAUGACGUAUUGGUAGACAUUGACAAGUCUGAAGUUAAAGUGAAUCAAUCCUUCACACAGGUUCAUAAAGAGCGCAAGAAGAUUGAGAAAAAAGAAAAAAAAGAGAAGAAAAAACAAAGAGCAUCGAAAACCAACAUCAUGGAUGCAAAACAUUCAACAGAACCAUCUCCCCAAGAAAAAUCUCUUUUUGAUUCAGUGUUAACAGAUACUCUCGACAUUAUUGACUCGAUUGGACAUACAGUAGGAGUUACCAGACCAAAAACAUUUGACGAUAUUUGUUAUUUAACACAAGACGAUUUAUAUUUUAUUAAGGAUUUAAUAGAAUUAAUUCAAUUCAAAACUCCAAAGUCAAGCGGUUUUGAAAUAUUAGAAGAUUUAAUUAGAUCAAAAUUUUAUUAUUACUCAAAAGAAAUAAUUGAUUUGGCAUUCGAUCAAGAAAAGCAAAUUCUGUAUCAACAACAAAUCUAUUAUGGAACCUCAUCGGCCCAUGAAUCGAUUUCAGAUAACAUCAAAAAAGCAUUAGCUUGGAGAGCUACAUCAUCAUUUAAACAUAACAAAAAGAAAUACAGAUCAGGAAAGAGACAAAUUUACAUUUCACCAGAAAUAAUUGAUUUGAAAAGCUGUGUUCAGAAGUUGCGGUCAAAUAUUUUGAAUGAAGAAGAGCUUAUUACCAUGUUUCAAUUGUUCAUCAAGCACAUAAAUUCUAGAGAGGAAAUAUUGGAGUUUUUGACGUUUUUCCCUGAAAACGAAGGAGGUAUUCAUCCUAUUGCAUUGUGUACUUUGCAUUCAUCUGAAUUGAUGAGACUUUUAGGUGUCUCUUUUUUGAGAAAAAUUGAAUCAAUUGACGAAGGAAAGCUGUUGGUCCAAAACAUGAACAUGUUUUUGCUGCUGGGUUACGACAGAGGUGCCAAACUGUACAACAAUUAA